UCGAAUUAUACCGGGACGAGCAAUGAAGAAGUAUCACCGCUUUCUCAUCUGUAUCGUGCUGAGCAUCGUCACAAUCCCGCAGCAUGGUAGCGCCAGCCCACAGCCGGACUUUGCAGUACCAGCACGCAUGACCGGAGUCGCCAGCGGAAGCCUCGAUUCGACCGGAAACGUGGUACAAAACACGAACCGCGUCCUGAACCUGCUUGACCAGUUCCAAUCGAUCACCGAAACACUGUACGGUUUGCAAACUCCCGACCUGUACCGGUUGGCAACGGGCUUUCGGUUGGUGCUGGACAGUUUGGUCGAGUCGGGCAGCCCCAUCUUUCAGGCCCUCUCGAACGCGGCCCGCCUUUCCAGCGGUAACAUAACGACUGUCUUCGAUGGCAUUCGGCGAAGCAUCAGUUCAACGAUUGCCCUGAACGAGCUGCAUCAGGCGGCAAUCAACGGGACGAGUUUGUUGCUCGGCACGGCGGGUGUACAAAACAUUUCCACCGUGCUGGACCAACUGGUGCGUAAUGUGGCCAACCUGAGUGUCACGCUGGACGAGAUAGAGCCGGCACUGGUGGAGAUACAGCAGUUGUCCCGACCAAGCCAAGCGCUGGUGGACAGCCGGUAUCCGCGGAAUGGCAUUCGGAAGUUGAACGAAAUUCUGCUGGACUACGUCAACAUCGGGAGAUCCACGGUACCGCAAAUCAACGCCGUUGUCAAUCGUAUCCGAAUGAUGGAUGGUUUCAUCGCUCGGCUAGAGUCGGUAACGAGUGGGCUGCGAGUGUAUCUGAACAGUACGCUCGCCACUGUGAACGGGAGCAUCUAUACCGGUGUCCAGAGACGGCUACAGAACGCCCUUCUAACAAUCGGUACCAACUUCAACACAACUGUAACGUCUACUACGAAAAAACUGAAACAGUUCUUUCUAGACGAUCUGGAAACGGUCCAGCUAGUGGUACGGAAUGCGAGCGCGGUGCUCAUCAACCGUCUCACCAACGUCACCCAAUCAUUGGACGCACUUGCCAACAACACUACGGUGGUGAUGCAGGGCGAAGAGACGGAAUGGGUGAUGAAUCGUACCAUUGCAGUCGUCAAAGAUAUGGCCUGGAGGAUGGCUUUGUCCGUUACCUCAUCGGUACCGGGGGCGGACAGUUGCUUUGCGAAGUAUAACUACGAGUUCGACAAGAUACCGCGGCUUAUCUACUCGUCGCUGGUGAGCUGCGGUCAGGGUGAGACUCGCACGUUGCAGAGUGUGGCAAAUGCACUCGUCGGAUACCUUGGAGUUGUUCAGUCACAGCUCGACUCGGAAGCAAAUCAAUACAACCAAUGUUUGAGUGGGUUGGCACCGGGGUCUGCCGAUGCACUGAAGCUUCAGCGUGCCAUUUGUUUGCAGGGAGCUGAACGGCUCUCGGUUAUCUGGGGUGACGUAGUGGUCUAUAAUCAACUGCAAGCGUUUGACGAGUUGGUGCGGGAAGAGGUAGCCUAUAGUGCCGCCCGUCAUCAUCAGUGCGUCCGAACGAGCGAUCACUUGCUGUAUGCUGAGGUAAAGAACCUGUGGGGUGCUGUCGCACGUUGUGUGAGUUAA